AUGGCACAAGCACUUCCAGACAAUGCUGAUUUCUCUGAUGAAGAAGAAGUCAGUCUACUAGACCAGAACUUCAACAAAGCAUCUGAUUAUGUCAGGAAGAUAACAUCCAACUUGAACAACAAUCAACUUUUAGAGCUGUAUGGAUUGUACAAACAGAGUACAGAAGGCACAUGUAACACACCUAAACCAGGGUGGCUGGAUGGCAAAGGCCGGAAGAAGUGGGAAGCUUGGAAAUGUCUUGGAGAAAUGCCAAGCGAAGAAGCAAAGCAAAAAUAUAUAGAUUUAGUUCAAAAGCAUGAUCCUAAUUGUGAGUUAGCCAUCCAAAGUGCAUCAAAGGAAAGCUGGGCUGCGGUGUCAUCAUUGCAGCGUGAUAUUGAACCCGAACUUGUCCACAAAGAUAUGUCACUGUUAGAUGCUGCUAGAGAAGAUAUGGCGGAACUUGUUAAAGAACUUCUAACAGAGAAUCCAUUAUUAAAAGAUUACAAAGACGAGGAUGGGUUAUCGGCUCUCCAUUGGGCAGCUGACAGAGAUUCCAUAUCAGCUCUCGUAGCUGCUCUAGAAGCCGGCUGUGAUGUGAAUGCUGUUGAUACUUUCGGUCAGACUGCACUACACUACGCCGCAUCCUGUGGACAUGUUAAGUCCACACAAAUUUUGAUAGACUUUGGUGCGGAGAUCAUGAAAGACAACGAUGACUGCACACCACUAGAUGUGGCCACUGAUGACGAGGUCAAGAAAAUUCUGGAAAGUGCUGCCUCAUAGGAUAUUUAUGUAAAGGGAAUACAUAGUCUUAGUUGAUAAAUGCACAUUAUAUGGUAGAAUAGGUAUAUGGAAAUAAAAAAUUGAAUAUA